AUGCUUUCUCAGAAAUGCUUGAGGUUUCUUUAUUUCACUUUCUAUCUGUGGGCAAACGUGUUAUUCAUCCUCCUUCAAGACGGCUUGGCGUGCAAAUCUGAAGAAAGGCUGUUUCACAAACUCUUCUCCCGUUACAACCAGUACAUCAGACCUGUGGAAAACGUGUCAGAUCCAGUUACAGUGUAUUUUGAAGUGGCAAUUACACAGCUUGCAAAUGUGGAUGAAGUCAAUCAGAUUAUGGAAACCAAUCUAUGGCUGCGACAUAUUUGGAAUGACUACAAACUGCGGUGGAAUCCAAUGGAAUACGAAGGGAUUGAGUUUAUCCGUGUUCCAGCAGAUAAAAUAUGGAAACCUGAUAUUGUGUUAUACAACAAUGCCGUUGGAGAUUUCCAGGUCGAAGGGCGGACCAAAGCUCUUCUCAAAUAUGAUGGUACCAUCACAUGGACGCCACCCGCCAUCUUUAAAAGCUCCUGCCCCAUGGAUAUUACCUUCUUCCCCUUCGAUCACCAAAACUGCUCCCUGAAAUUUGGGUCAUGGACUUACGACAAAGCUAAAACUGACCUGCUAAUUGUUGGCUCCAAAGUGGAUAUGAAUGACCUUUGGGAGAAUAACGAAUGGGAAAUAGUUGAUGCUUCUGGCUAUAAACACGAUAUCAAGUACAACUGCUGUGAGGAGAUCUACACCGACAUAACCUACUCGUUUUAUAUCCGAAGGCUGCCCAUGUUCUACACCAUCAAUCUGAUCAUCCCCUGCCUAUUUAUUUCAUUCCUGACUGUCCUGGUUUUCUACCUUCCAUCUGACUGUGGAGAGAAAGUCACCCUUUGUAUCUCUGUCCUACUUUCCUUGACAGUGUUCCUGUUGGUAAUCACAGAGACAAUCCCCUCUACCUCUCUGGUAAUCCCUCUGGUUGGAGAAUACCUGCUGUUCACCAUGAUCUUCGUGACUCUCUCUAUCGUCGUCACUGUCUUUGUACUGAACAUCCACUACAGGACUCCGAUGACUCACACGAUGCCCAAGUGGGUCAAAACUGUUUUCCUCCGUCUCCUGCCCAAAGUCUUGAUGAUGAAGAGACCCGUCCAGAAACACAUCGAAGCCCAGCCUAAGAAAACCAAGAAAAAUGGUGCCGCUAAAUCCAGCAAGCCAAAGACCGAUGACCCGGGGGAAGCGAAAGUCUACAGCGAGCACAGGUGCUGCCACUGCGACAAACCCAGCGAACUGUCCACGGGUAAGAAAAGGAGACCAAGCCACCAGUCAGCUAAAUGGGGGGCUGAGCAAGCAGAAUACUCCCCUGAGGUCAAAGAAGUCAUUAGCAGUGUCCAGUUCAUCGCAGAAAACAUGAGGAGUCAGAAUGAGACCAAAGAGGUGGAAGAUGACUGGAAAUAUGUUGCCAUGGUAAUUGACAGAGUGUUCCUGUGGGUGUUCAUAAUUCUCUGUGUAUUUGGGACAGCAGGAUUAUUCCUACAGCCCCUGAUAGCAGACACAUAAUCCACUGACUCUUCAAGUUUUGCUCCACGUGUACCUUUCAGUUUUAUAUUCAAGUCGUCCGCCUGCAGUAGAAUGUCUGCUUUCACCUCAGGUCAAAAGAGCAAUGUUUUCUUCUUUAUUUCUGUUGGCUUUCACAUUUUCCCACCAGCAACACGCAAGCAGAACAGGUAGACUGUCCAU